CAAAGAGCCGCAGUGUGGCGAGGAACAAAGACAAGGUCAAAGGUCAACGCAAAAACAAUGGAUGUUCUGUUCACUCUGUCACACCACUGUUUUCAUCAUCUUCAUCUUCAUCAUCAGAUGGCAGUAUAUAUAUAUAUAUAUAUAUAUAUAUAUAAGUGAAGGAACCUUAAUGUUCACAGUAUAAAGUUAAACUUCAGAGAUCAAAGUGUCCAUUUAGAAGAACAAAUGAUUGUGAAUCAGUUUCUCUGCUUUGGAGCAAAUCAAAGUAACAACAGGUGAAAUGGAGGCAGAAGCAAGACGAGCCCCAAACAGGGAAUGUUUUCAAUGUGGUGUCCACAGACAGCUGCUCUCUGCUGAUCCUUCCUGACUCCUUCUACUUCUGGGUUCUGCUCCUCAUCACUACUGGUAGCAUGAGGCGCUACCUGCAGCUCAGGACAGACUCAUACUCAUCAGAGGAUGUCAGGAGUAGAUACACACAACUGAAAAAACUUAUUGUUGUUGUUAUGAGAAGAAGAAUGUGUCUGAUAGAGAUGAAGGGAGCAGACAAAUGAACUGAAGAGUUAUUGUGAUGGUAGAAGAUGGGAGGAUACAUAUCGUCACCUUCCAAAAAUGAUUUUUUUCCCCUAAAUCAUCUCCUCAUGAUGCCACCUCUGUUAAAAAAUCGCUUCCAUCCUCAGUUGAACAGAUCAUGGGAUUCUACCCCUGUAGAAUAACGGCCUAUGCCAAGAGUGUGACUUAGGCAAUUUUACAAGCUUUUCAAGAUGGCGGCUGCAUCAAAUAGAACGAAAAUCUACCUAGCCGCUGAAGUUAUUUCCAUGAUUCAGGGCUCGUCCCCUAUUGGAGAUGCACUUGACAAUUCUGACACCGAUCAGGCCUCAUCCACUGAAAAUGACAAUGAGGCAGUCGAAGAGAUGAAGCAGCAUGUACCAGGCCAAGACUCUGUUUCAGAUGGAGCAGACAAUACCUUAAACACUCCCGUUGAUGUUGUUGAAGAUGCCAAGCAGACACAUCCACACCAUGAAGAGGAUAUAUCUGAUGAUGAUGAUGUCAUAAGCGAUCCAGACUAUACCCCAUCCUUUGAUGAGUCCUUUGAAGGUGUGAUCAAAGACCAUCCAGAACUCAAGGAGAUCGAUAAAAGGUUUCAAAAGAUGAAAAGACACCUGAAGAGCAGCUUCAGUGAUGAUGUCAGCACACUGCUGGCUGCUGAUUGGUCCAUAGACAGCAGUGAAACUCGUCAUGGAUCUGGACGUCAUCGAGGGGCUGAAUGAGAUCCGUCCUUCAAUUUAUCGAGUCGCCAUGAAGCUCCUGUCUCUGCAGAGACUCUGUCACCUGCACGUUGUGUACGUGCGACACGUCAUGGCGGCGUUCAGCUCGCUGGAUGGGACGGGACAACAGGAUGUGAGGCUGAGCAGACAGGAAGUGACCCGGGCUCUCAGCAGGAUGUUUGACAGCGCUUCACAGGAAGUUUUGGAUCAUGUGAUUGAGGAGACGUGUGACGUGAUACUGCGUCUGUUUGACGGGUCAGAGGCUCAGGCUGCGUCGGUGUCCGCCGUGUCUCUUCAGGCGGCGCUCGUCGCUUUGUCCGCUGACGCUCUGCUCGCCAAGUACAGAGCUCUGGUGAGACUCUGUGAAAACCCGUCAGGAUCCAUCAGCAGAUCUGGACUCAGGUCAUUACUUUACGACCUUCGUCAGGUUCCAGCCGCCGUGCAGGAGGAGGUAGUUUUUGGCGCCGUGGAGGAGGCAGUGAGGUCGUGUUUUAACGGGGUGUUGACUCCGACAGUGAGCGCAAAACACCUGAUGUCAUGGCUGCAGAAUGAGCCACGCCUGUUGCUAUGGUUACCCACUUUAUACCGGCUGUGCGUCAGUCAGAACGUCAGUCACAUGGUCCGAUGCCACACCUGCAAGACGUUCCCCAUCACCGGACUCAGGUAUCGAUGUUUGAAGUGUGUGAACGUACACGUGUGUCAGAGCUGCUUCCUGAGCCAGAGACAGACACGCAAACACAAACCACCACAUCCUGUCCUCGAGUUCUGCACACAGCCCACCUGGCGGGAGUCUCUGUCCUCGUUAGUGCGCAGCGCUCGUCACACUCUGUUGCCACGACGAUACACUCAGAGAGAAGCUGAUAGGAGAGUCCUGAUGUGGGCGGAGCCAGGAGAGACUCAGAACAGAGCUCCACCCCCUUCUGACGCCUCACCAUCAUUGGAUGAGACAGCUGUCCGUCACAGUUCCUGCUCGUCUAAAGCUCUGCAGACUGACGAGGUGACGGCUGAUGACAUUACUGUUGUUUACAUGUUUGUUUGUUGUGUAAUAUUUGUUUGUGUUGAUUUUCAGACGCUGACGACUGACGUCAGAAACCUGCAGCGAGACAAGUGGCUGCUGGAGCAGGAGAUGCAGGCGUGGAGACUCACCGUCCAAUCAGAACACAGCAUCCUGGAGGACAGGUGCUCCGAGAUGGAGGUUACCAUGGAAACACUGAGGCAACAGAACGUCCGUCUGCAGAUUCUGCUCGCUCAGACUUUGAACAAGACGGACGAUCAACAACACGCCAGUGACACGCCACACGCCAGCGCUGACACAGAGAAAACGGGCAGAGAUGACAUCACCUCUGACACAGAGAUAAACUCAGAGGAGGACAAGGAACAUGUGAUGGACGAGUGGAGUGAAGACGAAAGUCAAACUCCACCUCCCACAAUCCACCAGGGGGUGUCUCCAGCACAUGAAGGCCACUGUGAGGAGGGGUCUUUGGGUGACAGGCAUCUCUGUCGUCCAAUAGAACGAGAGGAAGGAGACACCCGUCUGCCUGAAGAAGAGAAGGAUUAUGAGACACGUCGUCCUGAAGAGCUGCUCCAACAAACUGUAGACAGACUGAAGACUAAGAUGGAGACAGACAGGUGGAGAGACAGACAGACAGGUCCAGCGGACGCCUCUUCUUCCUGCAACGUUUGGGGGCAGAGCCAGGUGAAGCUGUGCAGGUGGGGGCGGGGCCUGAGGGGGAACACAGCAGGUAGACCAGAGAGGUGCGAGGCUGCACAGGUGUGAUGAUGUUGGAGUACGACGCAGGAAGGCAGCGCCACAUCUGCACCUCAGGUGUCCUCUCUGCUGCAUCCUGAUCGGCUGCAGGGAAACUGGUGGGCGGGGUCUCGUGAGGUGGUUGACGGACGGCUGGGAUGACCAAUCUGACCGUUUGCGUGCCAUGACUGACUUUAACCACCUGAAGAGACAAGAACAGAUGAAACGUUUGUCUUUCAGCUGAAACAGAGUGCCAGCUGUCCGACUCACCUGACACCUAGACGCCAACCUGAAGCCCCGCCUCCUUCCCUUCUGCCCAUACGUUGGGUCAUUGUCAUCAGCAUCCAAUAAGGGCAGGACACCAGAGUCCGACUCUGCUGCCUUGUUCUGACCACACCCCUUAAUGUUUUGGCUCCUCCUUCCGUACCUGAGAGUGAUGAGGUCAUUAGAAAAGAUAAAAGAUCAGUGUUGUUUUAUUGAUACAUUAAAUAUAUUUAUGUUAUUUACUUGUGUGUAUAUACGUCAUCAGAUGAUUUAUAAUAACUAAUAUAGUUAUUUCCUAUCACAUGUUCUAGUCAUAUGUUAUAAUACAUGCAUGUAUGAAUGUUUUUAUUUAAUGUUAAACAGGAACAUGAAUAUUAACUGUCUAGAAUAAUAAAUCUACAUAUUACUGAUCAUGUGACGGAUGACACCUCACCUGGCCAGAGACUCGCUGUCGAAGUAACAAAUGAAUCGUCCUCGUCUGAACUGACCGACCAGUCUCUCCACCUUCUCCUCGUCCUCCUGCUCGAUCUGGGCCCAGGUCUUCCCCCGGAAGGAUUCUGGGAUAAACGCGGGGGCGGGCAAGAUCUCUUCGAUGGGCAGAGUCCAGAACCCCUGUUCCUGUGUGGCCCCGCCCCCUGCUUUACUGUGGAGGGCGGAGUCGAGCUGGUGUGAGUACACUUGAUCAUCAAGCCGCACCUGGACGUCCAUCAGCUGACCCAGGUCCCGCCCCUCUGCCGGACUCACCUGUACAGGUGCGAGCGACGGCCGCAACGACACCUGCACAGGUGAGUCCCAGUCAUCACUCUGUGUUUCCAUGGAGACAGGAAGGCUGAAGUGGAAGCUUUCUGUCUCCUCCUGCUGGCUGGAAGUGGAAGUGAUGCCAUGACAGCACAUCUGGAUCACCUGAGGUGGAAACAAGAAACAUCUGUAACCACGAAAACAUACACGUUCUGACUUCAGUGUUCACGCAACCCCAAACUAAUAAUUUAUAAUUAUUAAAACUACUGAGAAUAAAUUAAACGGUUGAUUUAAAUAAAGUUGUGUUUGAA